AUGAGUUUGGACUUCCCGCCACGUUUCAACAACUGGGAACGAAUCGAUCCGGUAGAACUGUACACAGCACCAACGACAAAAAUUGAAGCGAAUGCUAAAAUGCAUAUGAAUGAUUAUCUGGCGUUGGAAGCAAAAGGUGCUGACUAUCUGGUGCUAUGGUUGGAUUGUGACAAGGAAGGAGAAAAUAUUUGUUUUGAGGUUGUUCUGACUGCCUAUGUUGGAUAA